UGUGCUUUUGUUUUUAACUUCUGUUCAUAAAAUCAUUUGGUUUAAGUCAGAAUGUCUUAUUGUAUAAAGUACUCAAAGGGAAGGUGGGAAUCUUCCCCCCGUGAGAUACACCACCAGUUCCAUUAGGCACUCUUAUGGAGGCAGAAGUCAUAGUUUGCUAGAGCAUUUGUUUUGAGUGUAACCAAGUAAACUUGUGCUUUAGGAAAUGAAGCAGGAAAACAGCUUCCUCAAGAGUCAAUCUGAGCAAAGUACCAGAGAAGUCUGCCACCUGCAGGAAGAACUGAAGAAGACCAGACAGUGUUUGAGUCAGAGCCAGAAUUUUGCAGAGAAAAUGAGGGCUAAGAAUGCUUCUCAAGAAACCAUAUUAAGAGAUCUCCAAGAAAAAAUCAAUCAGCAAGAGAAUUCCUUGACUUCAGAGAAACUGAAGCUUGCCUGGGCUGAUCUGGAAAAGCAACAUGAUGGUUCUCGAGCCCUUUUCAAGGAAAGGGAACAUCGCAUUGAACAAGCUCCCCAGGGCAGAAGUGACAGCUGUGACCCGAACAGGUCAGAAGAACAUGCUUGGGGAAGCAAUGACAGUAUACCCAAGCAGGAUCUUCAUCUGAUCUGUGACAGAGAUGUCCAGCAGGACCUCAGCCCAGAGAUGGAGAAAGUCACCAAGGCUGAAGCAGUCAUGCUGGUGGGAGAAGGUUCUCAGGAGAGGUCUUUCAAAGAGAAAGCCCACCUCCAGGGGCAGCUGCAGAGUUUGAUAAAGGACUUACAGGCCCUGUCUUUGGGAAGAAAUCAGCAGGAACACCAAAUCAAACACAUGAAUCACAAGAAAGAAUCCCUUGCAAGGGAAUCUGAAAGCCUGCAGAACAAGCUACACGAACUGGAACAAGAAGAUCUGACUGUCACUAAAACCUUGGAGGCUGCAGGAAUGCAGAAAGGUGAGGUUGCCAUGAGGAGGCUGAGCUCAACCCAAGACAAGGAGCAUCUGAUGAAAAAUAACAUGGAGACCCUGAGGGUCAGCAUGGAGGCUGAUGAGAAGAAAUGCUUGGAGGAAAUGAAAGAAACUGACAGUAAGAAGGAAAAUCUUGCAAGCCAGUGGCAGAUGGCUGGAAAAAACCAUGAGGUGACAAUUCUUCAUGCUGAGUAUUCCAAACCAGAGGUGGAGACACUAAAAUCAGAAAUAAAAAUGAUGAUGGAACACCUGAAAACUUCAGAAUUGGGCCUCAUCACGAUCAGGUCCGAGAAAGAAAAUCUGACCCAGCAGCUGCAAGAGAAACAGUGUCAAGUGACGGAGUUGGACACGUUACGCUCUUCAUUGGUACACCUGUUAGAGGCAAAAGAGGAAGAAAAUCGGCACAUGCAAGAAGAGUCCAAAGCUUCAGGGGAAAUGCUGGAAAGAGAAUUGAAAGAGCUAAUGAAGGAGGUGGCAGCUCUGUGUGAUGAUUCACAAGCCAGGAAGUUCCCAGAAGAGAGCUCUCCAGUGCAGAGAGUGCAGCAGCUGCGUAAGAGUAUCAAAAAGCUGAAAGACCAACUAGAAGACGAUGACAAGAAGCAAUUCUUUGUUUUAGCAAAACUGCAGGAAACUAAGCAUCAAGCAGAGUUGUUUAAGGGGGAAGUUGAUCAACUUGAAAAAGAACUAAAAAAGGCAAAAAAAAAAAAAAUCCAUGAGCGUGUGAGUAGGGAGGCACAGGGCUCCAAAGCAGAGGUAGAGAAGUUGAAAGCCAAGAUAGAGGAGAUGGCCCCAUGUCUGAAAGAUCUCAGGUCAGAAAAAGAAAAACUGACCAAAGAAUUACAAAAAGCACAAGAGUGCAUAUGUGAAUUAGAGCAGUUAAAAGCUUCCUAUGACAAUCUAUCAUGAGAAAAAGAGCAGGAAAUUGUUCGUGUGAAACAAGAAUGUAAACUUGUCCAAGAGUGGCUUCAAGCACAAUUGAAAGACCUGAAGGACAAAUGGCCCUCUUUGGGUGAUGACCAUAGGACCUGGAAGGCCAGAGAACAAGGCCAGAGAACAAGGCUAGAGUGUUCAGAUAGCGAGAAGUGUCAGCUGCUGCAAGGCCUUGACCAGGCCAGAAGUCAUUCCAUUAUUUUGCAAUCUUCUGUGAAUGGCCUGGUUCAAGAAUUAGAAGACAGCAAAGACAAACUGAAGAAGAGGGAGCAAGCGAUCAGCCUCUUAAAACAGCAAAUCCAAGACCAAGAACAGCAGGUCUCUAAGUUGUCCCAGCAAGGAGGAGAGCUCCAAGUUACAAAGAAGCAAAAAGCAGAACUGGAGAGUCUGACCAUGGAAUUGCAGCAGAAGAUCCAAAGGCUGCAGUCCAAAAAUGACACUUUGCAGGACACCUACAAAGCACAGCAGACCUCCUACAGGGACCUGCAGAAAGAGCUUGAGUCAAUGAAAAUGGAAAAGCGAUCCUAUGAUGAAAGAGUAAACUCUUUGACUUCAAGGGAAACAGAGCUGCAGAGGAAAGUGGAUGAAAUAACACUGAAAAUGACAGACUUGAAAAAAGAAUUCAAUGGGGAGAAAAAUAGGCUAACUGAAGAAUUAAAUUUAAUGUCAGAAGAAAUGAAGCACAAUGAAGGCCAAUUGAAGGACUUCAUGCUAGAAAAUAGUGACUUGAAGAGGAGCUUGGACCUCGUACACAAACAUCAGAUGGAAAAGCAAGAGAAAGUGAGAGAAGAAAUAGCUGAAUAUCAGAGACAGCUUGAGGAAGCUUAAAAGAGACAUCAAACUUUGCUUGUGGAUACAAACAAACAGCAGGAAACAGAAAUCCAGACAUAUAGAGAGAAACUGACUUCUAUAGAAGAAUGUCUCAGCUCACAGAAGGUGGAGAUAGACCUCUUGAAGUCCAGUAAAGAACAGCUCAGUAAUUCUUUGAAAGAAAACACUGAGCUUUUAGGAGAAUUGAUAAAAACCAAGAUGAACAAUCAAACAGCUGAAGAAGGAAAAGGAACGUGCCCAGGGAAAGAUCGAUUUUUGUCUCAGACACUAUAAGCUGAUGGAAAAGGAGAUGGAGCGGUUGCAGAAAGAGCUGUG